GGCUGCCGCUUUCGCGAAACGAUUGUGCAUUGAUUAGCGCAUGAUCAUAUGUGUAGUUGGUAGUUUGUGUAAAUACGCAGAUACUACAUACAUAAGUGCAAAGAAUAUGGACUUUGCAACGAAACAUAAAACCAAACAAUGUGAAGCCAGUAGAAUAAACAACUAAAUAAUGGCAGUACUUGACAUAAAAAUGUUACAAACUACAACCACUUAACAAAAGCAAAAGCAACAGCAACAGCUCCAACAACAACUACAUCAGCUUAACAAAAUAGCCCAAACAAAAUGUGCGGUAAACACUUCAAGCCGAAAGCGUCAAGCAACAACAAUAAAUAUAAAUACUACAGUAAAAGCAUCAAAGAAAUGGCAACAACAAAACGCAAUUAAAACCAAUACAAAAAGUAAAACUGCGAAACACAAUAAUAACAACAACGAUAACAAUAGGAAAACAAUAACAAUAACAAGAAAUAGUGAAAUAGUUGCAAACAUAUAAACAAAGAAAAUGUCAGCAACAGAGUCGAAGGAUACAACACUAAAGACUUUAGAUACAACAGCAAUAUCAGCAGUAGCAUCAACAACUACAACAGCAACAGCGACAGCGACAAGCGAUGUCGAUGCAGUUGUUGUUGUCGCAGCCACAGCCACAGACACUGCAACAGCAACAGCGAAAACUUUAACCUCCAGCAAGGCUUUGUCAUUGUUUGAUCAGCUGAAAAACAGUGUCAACUUGAAUAGUUUGACAGUCGGCGCCGGCACAGAAGCGUCAGCAACAAAGUCAGCUCCUCCGGCAUCAUCAUCAUCAUUAUCAUCAUCCACAACAGUAUCAGUAGCAGUAGCAGUACCUGCCCCACACUCGCCCCUGCCAGCAACAGCGGCUUUGUCAUCAACAAAUAUUGACUUGAAGCCACCGCCUAAGCCCAAGCCUUUCAGCACUCCCACCUUGAUGCCGCCCACCGGGGUCGGUAGCAUUGGCAUCGUGCAGGGCACCAAGCGUGGAGCAACGACUGCGUCUGCUUUAAAUGCUUAUGCCACAGCUGCCAAAUUGGAUAUCAGUGCCUUACGAUCUCAGCUAUAUCAGGGCGCCAGAAAGACUGCAACGAACGGAACAAAAGCGGCAGCAGUGACGACUGCAGCGGAACGACAGCGGGCCACAAAGAAGCGUUGUCUUGAUCGUUACGAUUCGUCAGAGUCAUCAGACAGCGGCGUUGCCACCUCGCUCAGCUGCGCCGACUCCAGCACAGGCUCUAGUGAGGAUGCAUCCGAGCCAGGUUCCCCGUACAGCGUGCACUCGCAACUGAGCGACGAACAGUCAAACAAAAUGCCGCCACAAAUACUCAAUGCCAGCUCUAGCAGCAGCAACAGCAAUACAGGCGCUACAGCUGCAACCUCUGGCACAACCACAACGAGUAGCAACAACCACAGCAAUCAGAACACUGCCAAACUAACGUCACCCUCCAACAACAUAAAUAACGGCGGGAACCACAGCACCAUGCUUCCCACACUGCAAUGGCCGUGGAACACCAAUCUUGGCAGCACAUCUACUGCCGUACCUGCCACCACAUCCUCCGCAAUUAAUAAGAAGCGCAAUGCAGCUGGCGACAACGGCAGCGGAUCAGCAGCGGCUGCUAAGAAAUCCCGUAAUGCUGGCGAUUCUACAGUUUUUCAGGCUGCUGUGGCUGCCAUGUCGCCUGCGACCGCCUCCAAAAGACUGAAAGCCGCAACUCUAGAGGAGUCGCAAACCAAAAUCACAGGCUUCUUCAAAUCCCAAAUGAAGGCGCAAAUCCAUCAGGUGCAGGGAAAGACCACCACUGCUUCCACAGCUCCUUCAGCAACUGCCCCAAGCACGUUGACAAUGAGCACGCCGGCCACUACUGCCUCGCUAAACAAAUACUUCAACAUAUUGUCACAGUUGAACGAACAAAAGCAGCAGCAGCAGCAACAACAACAGCAGCAGUCAACAGGCAAGACGGCUACCUCCACAGCCACAACGGUGACGCCCGCCCUGGCACCGCCGCCCACACCACCGCCCGCCCGUAACAGCCAACAACCACUACCUGUGCCCGCUCUAAAAAAGAUCGAACGCAGCACUAAACAACCGGCCAAGAUUGCCCAAGUGGCGCCCAAUCUGCGCAAAACCCCCAGCACCCAACAUGCAUCCACGUCCACGGCAGUAUCCGCAGCCGCCGGGACGGGUAAGUCCCCGGCCAAAAAACACGUGGCCAUAGCGCCACGCACGCCCGAAAUGAAGCAGCAACAGCAACAGGCGGCAGCAGCAAAACACGCUCCAAAUGUAGGAACUCCCGCCCCCGUCAUGCUUGCCACAUAUCGAGCCCCAGCUACUGUAGCCGCUGCAACCACAACAACAGUAACUACCACAGCCCAGCAGCAGCAACAUCAAUUGAAGGCCAGUGCUAAGCUCGCCCCCUCACCGGUCUCAGCCACUACUGCAGUAGGGGCUCCCAGCAAUGGCGCUGCAGCAACGCCCGCCAGUCCCACUCUAUACCAGCUGCCUGUUCUGCCGAAUCUAGUCCAACUUCCUCAACUUCUGGCUGCUAGCGGAGCGAACAUAAUGCAACUCAACAAAGCGGCUGCGGCUGCUGCUGCCGUCAGCAACAAUGCGGCGGCCCAAGCUGCUGCUGCCCAGUACUUCCUGAAUGGCACUGUCUUCAAGCUGCAGCAGGUCACGACUGCUACAACAACAACGGCGACUACUGCAACAGCGGCGGCCACGGCGGGCAAUCCCUUCGGCCUGAUGAGUCCUGUCGAGCUGCAGGAGCUGCUGCUUAAGCAGCAACAGGUGCAGUUGCAACAACAGGCUGCUGCCGUUCAGCAGCAACAGCAGCAGCAACAGCAAAAAGGUGUGUCCAACGCCACACCAAACUUUCAAGAACUGUUCCAGCAGCAAAUCGUAGCAGCCAUUGCUGCCAAUCAGCAGCAACAGCAACAGCAAGUGGUUGCUCAACAGCAGCAGCAACAACUGCAGCAAUUGCAGCGUCUAGGAGCCGCAGCUGCUGCCCAACCCGUCUUCAUGGCCACGCCUGCUGGGCUGCUGCUGAACACAGCGACUCUGCCUGCCAUGUUUGCGCAAGCUGCGGCUUUUGCAGCCAACAAUCAGCAGCAAAAAGUUGCUGCAGCCGUCGCUCUGCAGCAGCAGCAACAACAACAGCAACAGGCUCUGCCCGCCCUGCAGCCCAUUCCAGCGCUCAGCUCGAUAUUCGCACCACCACCUCCACAACAACAUGGAGCCGAGGCUGCUACAGAACUUCAGCAGCAGCAACAACAGCAACAGUUGCAGAUGCAGCAACAACAGUUGGCACAGCUCGUUCUUGCACAUCAGCAACAUCAGCAGCAGCAGCAGCAGCAGCAGCAACAACAACAACAACAACUCAUCUCUGCCACUCAACCGCCGCCUCUGUCUGCGGUGGCUGCCAGCAGCAAUCACAACAAUAGCACCAGCACUGCCAGCAACAGCAACAACCACACCUCGAAUACUCUAAGUAGCAACAGCAACACUGCCAUAGCGCUGCAACAUCAACAGCAGCAACAACAACAGCAACCACAACAGGGAGCCACCAAGCUGGCAAUUGUGAAGGCCACACAUGCGCCACUGCACCACAGCCAAUCGCAGCCGCCACCACUGGUUACCAUCUCGAAUGCUAAGCCGCGAGCACUUCCGAGUAUUGGAAGCGUCGGGAGCAAUGUUGUAAAGCCUGCCGCCUUGACCAAACCUUAUCAGAAGCGACCUUUAAGCGGAAGCAACAACAAGUCUGCUGGACAAGCAGGCUGCAAACCCAAAUAUCCCGCGGUUGGAAGUAAAAUCAUUGCCACGCCCACCACACCGCCUCCGCUGGUGCCCACAUCGGCAGCCGCCACCAAAGAGCUAACUCAGUUGCGCAAGAGCACGACGCCCGUUACGACCCCAACCCCAACGCCUCCAUUGGUGAGCAUCGCGCCCGCCAAGCUAACCCCCACCAUCAGCCUUUCGAAGCAACCGAGCGGGACCAGCAACAACAGUCAGACCAAAGUGACGAACAGCAACUCGCCCGACCUUUUCGAUUUGGUGAAAAAUUCCAAUGGCGCCAUCAGCAUCGUACCCACUGCCAAGGCUGUGCAGCUAACGCCACUGCCCUACAGCUCGCCCAGCAACUCGCAGAAUUCGCUGGGCGCCUCCGCUGCGUCUCCCCUGCGCUCUUCGCCGGCGCUCUCCGCCAACUCAUCAACGUCCUGCACGCUGUCCGCCUUUGGGAAGAUUAAGUCGGAGCCCAUGGAGGAUACGCAGUCUGCCUCAACGUCUACGCCCCCGCCCGCCCUUAUGCCCACAGCCAGUGCGUUGUCCACGCCCAAGCCGCACAGCUUUGCGGGCCAACUGCCUCCGCGUGAUUCCAUCAAGCACGAGCUUCCCGAGCAGCAACAGAUGACGCCAACUCACGACUGCAGCAAUAGCAACAGCAAUUCGUACAGCAGUUACUCCAACUCGGUCUCAUCCGCGGCGGAUCUGUCGUUGGAGGCAUCCACACCAGCAUCGCUCAGUUCAGCGGCUUCUUUGGCCUCUCCGGCCCCAUCGCCCGCCUCCAGCUCGCAGACGAGCAGCAACACGCGCGCCGCCAGCCAAACGGACAUGCUCAGUGAGCUCGUGACCUCCUCGUGCAUCUCCAGCAGUGGCAGCAACAGCAGCGUUGCCGAGGACUGCUCCCAAACGCAGGCUCAGCUGUCGGCCACACCACCCCCUUCCAUUCCCACCAAGCCAGGGUCCUCCAGCGGUGAGAACAGCAGCAACUACGACGAGGAGGACGACAAAUCGGUGGCCUCGUCGGAGGCACAAACGCACAAACGGGAUUUGCCAACUCCAGAGUCCGGCAUUGGGGGCAGUCUAAGCAACAGCGAGAGCAGCAACUCGAUUGCGGAUGCCAUCUCCAACAAAUCGUGCCGAGUGGCCACGCAUGCCCAUGCGAGCGUCUCGCCAGCAGAUUCCGAAUGCAGCAGCAGCGCGAACUCCACUCCGACGACUGGCGGCAGCAUCGUCUCCGACAGCAAUUCCAUAGCCAGCAAUGCACCCUCACCUGCCUCGUCCAGCAACAUCGCAGAUGAGAGCUCGACCUCCUCUCUAAAUUCGGCGCCGGCGACUCCGCUCUGCCUCAUCACCCUAACCACGCCGAACGGCUCUAGCAGCAGCACAACCACUACAACGGAAGUGGACACGAUGCUGGCUGAGAGCGCCAGCAAGACGCUGCCAAAGAGUGCUAUUUCGCCCAUUUUGUCGCAGCCGAAGACCAUCAGAUUCCCAGCCGGGGCCGGGGCCAACGCCAAGGGGGCGAAGCGGCACGACGGCGUUUGUUACUGGGACAAGUGCAACAAGAAGCAUGAGAGCAACUCCAAGCUACUGGACCACAUGCAAACGCACCACGUGAACACACAGACCGGCCCCUUUGCCUGCCUCUGGGUGGGCUGCAAAGUCUACAACAAGGAGUCCUGCUCGCGUCGCUGGCUGGAACGUCAUGUGCUCUCGCAUGGCGGAUCCAAGCAGUUCAAGUGUAUUGUCGAAGGCUGCGGUUUACGCUUUGGUUCUCAGUUGGCGCUGCAGAAGCAUGUGAACAACCACUUCAAUGCGACGGACAAUGCGAAGGAGAGCACCAGCAAACGAACCUCCGAUCCGCCCGUACCCAAGCAGCUGCGCAAGAAUGGCAAGAAGCUGCGCUAUCGCCGCCAACCCUUCUCAGCUCGCAUGUUCGACUUUUUCGACACCGGCAUAAUGGAGGGCCUGCAGCAUCGUCUGCGUCAGAUCAGCACGCUGACUAAUGGGACCCAGGCAAUCACCUUCCAAGGCCAGUGUCUGAUGCGGCGGCGCAACAGCCAAGGAUGCUACGAGUGCUUCGUGCGCUGGUCCCCGCGCGAAAUCAUCUCCGACGAGUGGAUGCCCGAGUGUCCGAAUCAGAUACGCCAACACACAAAAGUGCUGCACAUCAAGCAUAUGCGUCCAGCGGAGAAGACGCGCGUCGACAGUCUCCUAAACACUGCCUUCAAGCUGCGCUACGAUGCACAACUCUUCGCUGACGACUACAGCCUCAGCGAUGGCAGCGACUAUGACCAAGAGGAGGAGGAGGAGGAUGCCUCGGGGGAUGAGGACGAUGACGAUGACGAGGCUGAAGAGCGGGCAACGGUCAGCACCAGCAGCGGAACCGGGUCCAGCUAUCAGCAGGUGCUAACCAUUGCCAAGCUGCAGAUGCAGCAACGUCGCAAGCAUUCACGCAAGCCGCAAAAGCCGCCACAGUCUGCUGCAAGCUCGCCGGUGGAGCUGCUGGUGCCCACAGAUGCCCUGGUGCCCAUGUAACAAGGCCACUCCAAAGUAUUUUCUAGCGUCUAUUUUACAAGACGGAACGGACAAACGAGUAAACAGUGACAAGUAGCAUUACGUACAUAUAUAAUUUUAGUUCUUCAACCUAUGUUAGUGCUUUCACGCAUCUAUGAAUGUAAGAGCCAUUUGUGUAACAUAUAGAUAAGCCCAUUCAUUCGCUUCAUAAUCAUUUGUCAGGCGUUUUAGAGAAUUUAUAAGCACACCCACACCCACACACACACAUGCAAAAGCAAAUGCACAUCAACAGUUGUACAUACAAUAUCAGCCAAUUAUUUAUAUGUGUAGACUAGAACUAUAAGCGUGCAUGCAUUCAUACAUACACACACACAUUUAUAGAUUUAUAGAUUUAGCCGCCUUGAGUUGCAAAAGUGACGGCCACCUUAUCGCAAAACCCACCCGCGCGUUCAGACGAACUAGCAAGACACUGAACAAGUAAUUACGUCAUCUAGCCGAUUAAUUUAGAAGUUUAAGUCUAAUUUUAUUUAGUUGUUUAAGUUGCAUAUGAAUUGUGAACUGCCGCAGACAAGACUUGUUCCGAAAUCGAUCACUAAAUGAUGUACUUAUGUAUAUGUAUAUUCAAUCAUUGUCCAACUGUGCUUUUGUUGCCCUUCUCUUUAAUUAAUGGAAAGGUUUUGCUAAAUUUAUAAUAUUGGCACCAUUUGCAACUUCCAAUCAACGAACGAACCAACCAAUCAACAAACAAACAAACAAACGCACAAAGCAAAUGCGAACGCGAAUGCAGAAGACUUGAAGCAUUUACAUACACAGGCAUGCAUGUGUAUGAGUACGUGUUAUGUGUUAAAUGUUAUGUGGACUUAGCGCUAUUUACUUACUCUUACUCUUUUAGUUUCGAACAACUCAUUACUGAACAGCAAUGCAAACCUUAUACCUUGAUAAGUUCGACCUAUGCAUUCACCUUUCAUCAUUUUUAGUUCAAUUGCAAACAUUUCGAGCGCGUCGUGUCGUGUUUGUUUCAUUUUGUACAUAGUUUUGAUUUUAGUAUUUACAUAAAUUCAAUUUACAACUAAAACAAAAUACCACAGCCUGUAUCAUUUAGAACUAGUAUUAGAAGGAGGAUAUUUCAAAAUAGUAAAAAUCACUUUAAACAAGCAAUAAAAUCACUUUCAAUCAUGUUUACAA